AUGCGGCGGGGCUCACACCUGCUGCCGUGGCUGGUGCUUGUGUUGGUAGUGGCGCCUGCAGCGCGAGGAGGGAGGCCGCUGCCGCAGUCACAGGACGCGGCAAAGGCGGCCAGCUCCCUCGAUAGCCAGCAGCAGCAGCAGCAGCAGCAGCAGCAGCAGCAGCAGCAGCAGCAGCAGCAGCAGCAGCCGAGCAAGCCGCAGCCCCCGUCGCUGCCGAUCGACCUGGUGGAGUCAAACUUCACAACCGCGUUCAGCUCGCUGCCAAAGGAGAGCCGCGUCGUGGUGGAGUUUUACGCCAGGUCAGCGGGCGGCGGGGCCAAGGGCAAGUGGGGCCGCCUCGGCUGCGCCGAUGCGUCGGGCGGCGG